AUGGGAAAUGUAUGGGUUAAAGAUCAUCAUGUGAGACAGGCUGUGCUUGAACUCAUGUCAGCAAUUUACUUGCAGUACCCAGUGGCAAUCAUCCUCACUGACUUGGGGAAGCACUGGCAGUUUUUCUGGCUACAACAGAGCAAGGUCAUAACCUGCAUAUUUUCUCUUAAACAGGCAAAGACUGUUAUUGAACAGAUUGUGAGAGAAGCUUCUCAAAUUGCUACUGGGGAAGGAGCCUUAGAGACUAGAACAAUUAUGAAAAAGCCUAAUACUAAGGUUGACCUUAUGCAACUGCUGCCUGAGGGUGAUGUUGCACAGAUGCAAGAUGUGUUUGAUGUGAUGACAUCUGAAGAAGUUCUCAAUGUCUUCUAA